AUGCGCAUCAAUGAUGCAUGCCACGUCGCAGCAUGGCAUGCAUCUCGUGCCCGCCCUCUCUGUGCCAUUGUGCCCACCUUCUCUGAUGCUGACCGUCUCUUUUCCUCCUCCUCCUCCUCCUUCCUCUCUUCUCACCCCAUCCUCACCAAUGACUCGACCAUGGCCCUCGACGCUUCUGACAUCUGCAAGGCAGUGCAAGGUACAAAGAUGGCAACAGUGAUGGCCAUCUGCAUCGCCAUUUACGAGCUCACCGGACUGGGAUACCCGCAGGGUACUGAAACCCGUGAUAACCCGUACCCGCAAGUGCGGGUAGCGUACCCUCGCGGGUACGAGUACGGGUACACCUCGGGAUACCCGGGGGUUUACCCGUGCUCUGCACUAGAUGAGAUUAGCUGA